CUAUUUAGAGUCUGAUUGUAUGCACCGUAUAUGCUGUGGUCCGCAUCGUGGAUUUGUCUUACAUAUAGUCGACAAUGCUCAACAGGAGGUGAUGAGGAUUGUGCGUAAUUUCAAGUGUUGCGCAGGGUGCUGCUGGUGUGCUGAUUGUGCCGACUGUGGUUUUGAAAUCCAGGUGGAAGCACCACCAGGCAACAUCGUAGGAUAUGCCAAGCAAAGACAAUAUUUCUGGAUGCCUGAACUCGAUGUGCAGAACGCUGAGAAGGAAACCAUCCUGAAGAUCCGUGGUCCAUGCUGUCUCUUCUGCACCAUGGAAGACAUCGACUAUAAGGUCAUGACCCCUGACCUGACGAGUGAGGUCGGGAAGAUCACCAAGCAGUGGGGAGGAUGCUUCAGAGAAUGUAUUACAAAGGCUGACAACUUCUCUAUCACAUUUCCUCAGGAUCUAGAUGUGAAAGCCAAAGCAACUUUGAUGGCAACAAAUAUUCUUAUUGAAUUCAUGAUAUACGAGCAGCAGAAGAACAAUAAUAACUAAGAUGUCUCGCUGUGUCUGAGGUCUGCAGGAGCAGUGGUUAGGAGGUGGUCAGUUAUCACGCAUAGGAAUAGAUUUCACCACAAAAACUUUCACAAAACUGCCUCAAAAUGAUACAUAAUCUUUCACAGUGUGUUGCAAUGACAUUGACAAAUUUUGUAGUUGGGCACGAUUCAAUUUUUUCGAAUUAAUGAGUUCACUAGUUAACAUGAAACUGUAGCAGUGAUUUUCUGUUUAAGGUUCCAUCAGUAGUCUAUUUCAAAAAAUUGUUUUGUAUGUGACAAUAGUUGCUGCAAUUAGAUCCGUACCAUUGAUAUAUAUAUUUUUUAAUUUAUACAGUGAUAUUGGGUGAAUUUACAUGUAUCGUCUCACUAUAGAUGUUUCUAUUACAAGAGUUGUAUCCCUAUUUAGCUGAUUAUUUUGUGUUUGUAAACAAUUCUGGCAAACCUCUGCCAUAGUAGUCUCAAAUACCUUGGUAACUUACUUAUACAAUUAGACAUUCCUAUUCCCAAAGCACAGUAUUACCAUGUAGUGAUAUUCACCAUUUUCACUGUUUUGCAGUUAUGCAAAUAUUGUUUGCCAUUCAAUUAAUGCAUCAGGGGAGUCUUUCAUUUGAGUCUUUUCAGGUAAAAUGAAAAAUAAACCCUUUGUUUUCAUCUCAAAUACCCCUCCCCCCCCCCCCUCCCCCACCCCUCGCUCUAUUCAGAGUACAUGAUUUUUUUUGGACAGCUGUAUGAAAAUGCUAAUAUUACUGACAUAUGUAUAUAUUUAUUUGUAUAUUGCUUACUGCACUUUGUUUCAAAUUACCAGAUACAUUAACACGAUAUAAUUGAAAGAAAUAAAGUAACAGCCUAUUAUUGUUUCUUAUGUAAAAUCUGAACAUUUCAUUCUCGUGCAGUAUGAUAUAUUCUGUGCAAUGAUAUAAUGUGUUGUUUUAAAGAGUGGGGGUUUCAUGAUAGUUAUUGCUGAUUUCUCAGAGGCUGUUUUUGUAUUAUGUGAGUUCAAGUUGUUUGAGUUCUCAUGAGUCAUUCUACUGAUAUGUGAAGAGAUCGAUAUUCGGAACCAAGUUAUUUGUUAAUCAAUCCUAUAGAAGUGAAUAAUUGAGAAGAUGUUGAUAAACCACAUAUUAAAAGACAUGGAUAUGUACUGAAAAAGAUAUGGAGAUAUAUCUGUAGGUAUAUCUAUACCAUUAUAUAUGACUACUUCAAAAGUCAAUGCUAUUGGGACGUUGUGCCUUACCACUUCAGGAGUCUUUUCCUAUUUUCAUGAGAGGCUGUAAUUAUGCUUUCAAACACCUUUUGGUCUAUAUACUCUUUUGAAUAAUAAUGUUAUACCUUAUUGUUUUUACUACAUACUGUACAGUGCAGUAAAAAAAAUGCCAAUGGUUUGUAGACAAUCUUAACCCUCAGAGCUUGAGCUGCCUCAAACGUGACAAAACCAAAACAUUUUGUAUUUAUUCACUAAAAAAAUGUCUUUACAAAAAAAUUAAUUGUAUCUAGAUUUUUAUUUUGUUAAUGAUAUACUCUAUAUACAUGUACCAUAAGUGCAUAUUUUAUUGUAGACUAUGGCCCGUAUUCUGAAGUCGGGUUUAACUUAAACUCAGGAUUAAAGUUGUGGCUUAAGUAUGGAAAGCCAAAAACAUCAAUUUUUUUUUAUUAAGUUGUAUUUUUCGUAUGUUUACUGUGCUGUUUCCUGAUUCAUCGAUGGUGAAGACAAUAAUCUUUUUAUACUUCCUAGACAAUUAUGAAUGAUUUGAGAGCCUAAUGUGCUGAAGUAUGAUAUCUCUACUGUUAGUGAUUUAUGUUACAAUUGGCUAUCCAUACUUAAACCACAACUUUAAACCUGAGUUUUAGUUAAACCCGACUUCAGAAUACGGGCCAUUGCAUUCAAAUUGCUUCAUUGUUUUUUUUCAUUGUUGACAGUAUUACUAUUUUCAAUUUUACAGGUUUUUAAGAUGAAACAAUAAACAUAAGCUAAUGUGAUAUUAUAGCAUUUAUUUAAUGUUCUACUUGUUUAAUUCAAUUCAAAUAAAAAGAAAAUAUUUUGUUUUACCUAGCAAUGUUUUUCUUCAGUAGCAAACUGAAUUGUGUAUGUUUUACAAUGCUAUACUUCAUGUGAUCAAAGGUCGGUUGCACAAAACAUUAAUUUGAAGGCAACUUUGGGGAAAUUAAACCCAACUUGUCUUUCAGCCAAUCAGAGUUGCUCAUAACGAACUUAUGAUUGACACAGGUUUUAUGCAACUAGCACUUGAUAUGAGGAUUCAAGUAAUCCAAGAAAAAUCAAAGGGCCAGAAGGUAAUAAGUCAUUGGGUGAUGAUAUGAACUUAUGCCCUUGUGUCUCUAAAAAGCUGGUGCCAGAUCAUUUUUUGUCAUCAAAAUUCCUCGUCAAAGUAUUAUGUCCUUGAUCAGUUGUUAGACAUUUUGCUAUAUUCCACGAUUUUGUGUUAUUUGCACUGCAAAUGUUUUUAAUGCUUUAAAAGUUAAAUUCAUCACUUGGCUGUGUAAUUUUGAGGCUGUGAACAUAGAGUUGUAAUAAAUUAUGUUUAUAGUAUAUUAAUACCAAA